CAGACACACAAGCACACACAGGGAAGGAGACACAGGGAGACACAGCCACACACACCCACACAACCACACUAGGGAAAGAGACAGACACAGAAACACAGACUUGACUAGAGACAGACACAGAAACACAGACUUGACUAGAGACAGACACACAGACACAGACAGGGAAGGAGACACAGGGAGACACAGCCACACACACAAACCUAGGGAAAGAAUUACCGGAAAAACAGACUUAGCACAUGGACAAACAAACACACACACACAAGACAGUACAAGCACUCAGAACCCUUCACAGACACACACAGCGAGCCCACAGCAAGUCCACACAGCAUUUCGUUUAGCCCAGAAUGGUGACACUGCCGGCCUCUCUGCAAUGCUCGAUGACAGACUGAACGUAAACACUCGGGAUGGCUACGGCUGGUCACUACUGAUGGUUGCUGCUUGUGCUGGAGCUGGCAACACUGUGAGGACCCUGCUGGACCGAGGGGCAAGAACUGGGUACAGGGACGCACGGGGCAACACAGCACUAUACCUGGCGAUGAUAAGAGGCCAUAGGGAAGUGACGGAAAUGCUGAUCAAGGCAAACAAACCCACGAACAAACGGAAAAACAGACAAACGCGUGAUUCGAGUACAGACUCCAGCUUGUCAGGGAAGGAAGAAGAGGAGGAGGAGGAAGAGGAGUAUUUCUGUGAUACAUGCGAGGUGGCUGUGAAAGAGAGAGAGAGAGUGACACACACAGCAUCCAUCGUACACCAGUUUAAAACAACAACAAGACAAACACACACUCAAUAUGGAAUCCCACCAAGUAAUAGGGGCUACCAGCUGUUAGUGGGGCAGGGGUGGGAUGCAGAAGGGGGCUUGGGAUCUGAACAGCAGGGCCACAAGUUCCCUGUCAAAACGGUGCUGAAGAGAGACAGGAAGGGGCUAGGGGCAGGCCGAGAGAUGGCCAAGGUGACUCACUUUGGCCCUGGGGAUGCUGGUGCAGUGAGGAGAGGCAGGAUCGGUGCCAGCAGGGUGGAGCGUAUUGCCACUGUUAGCAGGAGAGAGGUUAAGCAGAAGAAGGUGAAGGAAAAGGAAGAGGAGGUUAGAUUGAGAAGAAUGUUAAAUGAACCUGAUUUUUAACUCUGGUAAUUACAUUGUAGAGAAACGAAUAGAUCUGUAAUUAUGUAAUCCUACAUCAAAAUGGUUACCUAUAUUUUUGUGUAAUAAAAGCUUGGUGAACUAAAUAGGUGCGGUUUUGUGUCUAGUAAUAGUUUGACAGGCUGCAGUGGAAGUUAUUGGGGUUUUCAAGGGUAGCUUACAUGGUUGUAAUGGUUUGACAGGCUGCAGUGGAAGUUAUUGGGGUUUUUAAAGGUAGUUUUCAUGGUUCUAAUGGUUUGACAAGCUGCAGUGGAAGUUAUUGUGGUUUUGAAGGGUGUGUGUCAUGGUUGUAAUGGUUUGACAGGCUGCGGUGGAAGAUGUAUGUGUUAUGCUAUGAAAUGUCACAGAAUGGAUGCA